AUGCGCGGCAGCGGUGGAGCCCCAGUCGGGCGGUGUGCGCUCCGAGAGCGCCCACGCGCCCGCCGCGACAGCGCGGCGGCACUGAAAGUACGGUACCAGCUCCCAGGCACUGCUGUUGGGCGCCGUUGGCGAUGUCCUUGCGAGCCCGCCUCGAGAAGCCCGGUCCCAAGCGGGCAAUUGCCGUUGCGGCCCCGCUGCGGUCGAACCUUCUUUCCAGCGAUCCUGUGGGGGUACCGAGGAAGCGAGGGCCGUGGCUCUGCGUCAGGGCUCUCCGAAGCGUGCAUGACGGCGCUCCGAGGCCGGCCGUGCCCCCUGCCAGCAGGAGGCAGGGGGCACAUCGGGCGCUAUUGGCACAUAGCGCGCCGCUCGCGCGACACAUUCGGCCAUCGGCGAAUCUUGCAAAUCUCAAGGCAACACCUCCCCACCACCAUGUUCUCCAAGGUCUUCCUGCUCGCGGUGCUCGCGGUGCUGCUCUCGGCGGUGUCCGCCGCGAGGGACCUGCAGGGGCACUGCAGCAGGGUGUGCCAGAGCUACACCUACAUGGACUCCGUGUCUGAUAUGUGCUACGCGAAGAGGAACUGCUGCAGAUAUGCUCGCACGUCGGAGGGCGACUCUAUCUGGAACGUCCGCCAGGACUUCUACGGCCACACCUUCCCCGACACGUGGGCGAACCUCGCCUCCAACCCGGGCAGUUUCAAGAAGUGCGUGGACUACUAUGAGACGAACAACAAGGACCUCGGCGACUGCGUCAAGUUCUACAAGGCCGUCUUCGGCUACGACAAGGACGAGGCCGACAGGCAGUGCGCGUCCCUCGAGGACGACCGCCGCGACUGCGGGGGCAACAACGGCGACAAGUACAGCGACUGCGAGUUCUACCAGCGCUCCGUGCGGUUCUGCAGGUGGGUCUGCUGA